UGCGCAUCAAGAAAUCGCACUCAUAAUACAACGGGAGCCGCAUCAUCGCGCAACAGAACUCCUGCAAUUCACACAUAAUACAACAACGGGAGCCGCAUCAUCGCGCAAUAUAACUCCUGCAUUACCUACUUUUGUGGAAUUUGCAUUCAUCUGCAUAGUGCGCAUUAAGAAACACGCACUCAAUACUGCAAGAAAAAUCGUUCAUCGUGUGCAAAACCAGCAAAUUGCAAGAUAUCAAGCAAGUCAGUUUUGCAACAAUCAUCAAACGUCAUCAAACGCAACCCGGCAUUCCCGGCAAGACGGCGGGUUGGGGGGCGCCGGAACACGAGGCGAGCAACAAAUUACUUCACGAAGUGGGCGUGACAUCUUCGCGCUGCCUGAAGUUCGCGCGCAUCGAGAUUGGCCAGCGCACAACAUCGUUCGUUCUCUCGUCGGUCAUCGUUCACUUGUUCGCUGCUGCUUCGGCUGUUUCCGCUGUCAUCUAUCAACGCUGUUUACCGCCGACGCCAUUUGCUUAAAGUGUGCAGUGCUAUUGUUUUUAAGUGGAAAGACAUAACUCGUGCAGUGAUACUCGUGGUGUGUAAUUUUAAGCCACAUAGUGAUUUAUAGCAUUUGUAUUUUAUUGCAUUUGACAAGUUUUGACAAUGGAGCUGAACGAGCUAAUAGCCGCGCGAGGCUACGUAAAAGGUACGAUUACACGAUUAACUUCACUUGUUUCGACACCGCAGUCAGUUAAAAACUUGUCUAAAGAAAACUUAAUGGCUAAGAGGAAAAAAUUGAUCGACUCCUUUAGUCAAUACGAAAAGUUAAAUAUUAAGAUUUUAACUAUCCAACCAGAUGACAAGGAGGAUGUUGAACUUUUUGAGGAAAACUAUUACAACAUCAUAUCAGUAAUUGACCAAGAACUUAACAGCCGUGAUAAUAGGAAUCACUCAGCUCCAAUGUCCAAAUUGCAUUUACCACCAAUUGAUGUACCAAUAUUUAGUGGUAAGUUCUCGGAUUAUGUACCAUUUAAAAACUUAUUCCACUCAUUAAUAGAUCAAAACGAUUCCAUUGACAAUGUUCAAAAACUGUAUUACCUUCGAUCAUAUUUAAAAAAUGAGCCAUUAGAUCUUGUAAAAAACUUACCCUUGACUAGUGAAAGUUACAGUCAAGCAAUUAAAAUUAUUGAAGACAGAUACAACAACAAACACAAACUCGUUAAUGAGCAUAUUUGUUUAUUGUUGGAUCUUAAGCCAAUCACAAAAUCCACGGCAGUUAAUUUAAGAGAAUUUGUGUCCAAUGUAAAACAACAAAUAUCUGCUUUAAGUAAUUUGGAGCCAAACGUAUCAUUUUGGGAUGCUAUAAUAUUAUGUAUUUUGUACCGCAAAUUAGAUGCAUACACGUCACGUGCAUUUCAAAUGGAAAGAGAUGCCACGAAGAAGCCAACUAUCAACACCUUCCUUGAAUACUUGGAUAAGAGAGCGCUGGCGCUUGAGAAUGCUGAUCCGGGCUUCCACGGGCAGCAACGCCAGCCGCAAAAGGAGCAAGGCAAUGCCGUUGGUAGGAUAGUAGCCUACACAGCUGCGCAGGAGCCUACAUGCUUAUACUGUGCUGCUGCCUACAGAGCUGCCGGUGCUGCCUGAGCGCCAGCAGUCUGCAUCAGAGGUCGGCACUCCGCAACCACGUCUUAUCAACACUUAUUUUGGAUAUAUAAUUGGAGGUACCCUACCACACAUUUCAUCUAAGGUCUGCAACAAGGUAACGUUAAAGUGUACUACUUGUGAGUCUGACAUUAAUGAAACCUUAAGUAAAUUUUGGAAAACAGAAAGCGUUCCUCAGAUCUAUGAUGAAAGGUCAUCAGAGCAAGAGCUCUGCGAGUAUAUUUUUAAAAGUACUGUUCAGAUGAAAGAAAAUUGUUUUGAAGUCUCUUUACCUUUAAAAUUACCUCUUGAUGAAAUCAAUGAUGCGCUAGGUGAUUCCUUUAAUUUUGCUUUAAAAAGAUUUUUAAACUUGGAGAAAAAGCUGCAUAAUGAUCCAUAUCUUUUUAUUGAGUACCAAAAAUUUAUUCAUGAUUAUUUUAACUUGCAACAUGGCCAAUAUGUAGAUAUUGAACUGUAUGAAUUGAAUAAAAAUGCAGUUUAUUUCUUGCCUCAUCAUGCAGUUUUAAAGCCUGACAGUAAAACUACUAAAUUGCGUACAGUUUUUGACGGUUCAAUGAAGACUAACAAAAAGGUGUCUUUAAAUGAUUUGCUUUUGAAUGGGCCGACUGUACAAAGAGAUUUGUUUGAAAUUUUAUUACUGUUUCGUUUUGGCGAUUUUAACUUUACUUCCGACAUAAAACAAAUGUUUCGAAAUGUGCGUAUUAUACCGGAGCAUGCUAGUUUGCAAAACAUACUAUGGAGGGAUAGCCCUGAUGAACCUAUUAAGUGUAUAAGAUUAGACACGGUUACUUAUGGGUUAAAAAGUUCAAACUAUUUAGCAACUCGCUGUCUGAAAGAAUUAGCAAUGCAACAUAAGCAUACCUAUCCUCUGGCUUCAUUUAUUAUAGAGAACUGCACAUAUGUUGAUGAUAUCCUGUAUGCAAAUAAUAAUUUAGAUAUUAUCCUAGAGGCAAAAUCACAACUUCGCAAGCUCCUAAGCUUAGGUAGUUUUCACACUCAUAAAUGGUCAUCCAAUGAUAAUAGGGUACUGACUGACAUUCCCUCAGCUGAACGCCACUUUGAUGAUAUACAGGGUGGAAACGUUAAGUGAUCUCACUCGAUUAUUUCUAAACUAUAUAAGAUAUUGAAAAACUGGUUACUGAUCCUGAAAGUGCUUUAUGAGCUCUUUCAAACGGUACCAAUAAUAGUUUACAGAAUAAACUGGAUCUAUUUGAAAAUUCAAUGUUUCCAGCUUCCAUACUAAAUGUAUGCCAGACACAACAAUAUUAGAAGAGUAUUUUUUUUAUUUAAUAAUAAACUCUUAAAAUAAUCUCGUAAAUUGUAUUCUUAUUUAAAAUUAUUCAUGGAAAACAUUGGUUUUAGGCUUUACUUGCUUAUAAUAUUGUCAAGAGAUGAGUGUCAUGACUGUGGUGGUACUAAAUGUAUGGAAGAAGGAAACAUUGAAUUUUUGGAUAGAUCCAGUUUAUUAUGUAACCUAUUAUUGAUACCAUUGGAUAGAACUUGCAAAGCACUUUUAGAAUCAGUAAUCAGUUUUACGAUAUCAUGUGUAGUUUUUAAAAUAAUGUGACUUUACCAAAUGUAUGGAAGCUGGAAACAUUGAAUUUUCGGAUAGAUCCAGUUAAUUCUGUAACCCAUUAUUAAUACCGUUUGAUAGAGCUCAUGAAGCACUUUCAGGAUCAGUAACUAGUUUAUUGAUAUCUUGUAUAGUUUAGAAAUAAUCGAGUGAGAUCACUUAUCGUUUCCACCCUGUAGAGCUUCAGCAAGACAACUGCCUGUUAAAGACGUUAGGUUUGAAAUUAAUAGUUAAAGAUGACAAGUUCGAAAUGUCUUGUCCAGAGCCAUUUAGUAAUAAUUGCACAAAAAGAGACAUUCUUUCAUAUAUUGGGAAAAUGUAUGAUCCCAUGGGAUUUGUUAGUCCUAUAAUUGUGCAAGCAAAGGCUAUCAUGCAAAGGUUAUGGGCUUCUAAAACCGCCUGGGAUUCCACGCCUGAUGAUGACAUUAGGCAUGCGUGGCAUGAGUUUUCCGCUGCAUUAGCUAUGAUGGAGCCAAUUUAUAUUCCUAGAAAUAUACAUGUUAAUAAUACAGAUAAAAUUGAAUUGAUAGGAUUCUCAGAUGCAUCCAGUUCAACGGCAUAUGGAUGCUGCGUGUACAUGCGAGUUACAGAUAUUAAUGGUAAUGUAUAAAUGCACUUGCUAUGUUCAAAAUCGCGCAUCAAUCCGCUUCAGGACAAAAACAAGACUGUGCCGCGCCAGGCCUGGCUCACUUCGCGCGGUACAUCCGAUAAUUACCUACAGCGAAGCGCCCCGCCGGCGGGUAUUAUAUCAGUCGAGUGUCACGCGCGCGCCCGUCAGGACGCUGGCGUGCGUUGUAGUGGUACCUAAUUCUAUGAUCGAAGUAUUAUUUAACAAGUGCGAGUCGGACUCGCGCACCGAGGGUUCCGUACAAACCUGCAAGGUUUACAAAGUUCGUUCAUUACGACAAUCGAGUCAUAACUAUGGUAUUUUUAUUGCAAAAUGAAAUUCAUAACAUUACAAUGGGGAAAGAUGGAGGAGCAUAAAUUUAAGACAAAGAUCUCUUUAUCGUUUGUCAUUGCUGUAACUAAAAUUAUGUUUACAAUCACAAUUUUUUUGGUGGUAUAACUACUUAAAAUUUUAAGCUUUUCGGAAUUUUUCUGUUACCUGUGCUGUAAGCUAUUGCUUCUUACCAAAUUUCGAGAUUCUAUGUCAACGGGAAGUGGUCUUUAGGUUUUAAUUCCCUUGCGUGUAGUUGCGAGUUUCAAAAUAUGCGGUAUCAAUAUUUGUACUUUUGCGUUUUGCGUUUUUGCGUUGACUUAGAAUUUUUUUUUUUCACGGGUUAAAGGCAAUUAGAUCUAAGUAUUUGAUAUGAAUUUCAACUUGAUAGCUCUACGCGUUCAUGAGGAAAAAAGUAAUAAGUUUAUAUUUAUUAAAAAUAUAUAUUUUGUAAUGUAACUAAAAAUUUAAGGUUUUCGGAAUUUUUCCUUUAUGUGUGCUAUAAAACGUUGCUUCAUGCCAAAUUUCAAGAUUCUAGGUCGACUGGAAGUACCCUUUAGGUUUUGAUUCCCUUGCGAGUACUUGCGAGUUUCAAAAUAUGCAGC